AUGAGUACCUUGGACAUCAACUUUACAGGCAACAAAGCCUCUAAACUCAUAGCCUUACUCUUGAUUGUUCUCCCCUUUUGGGGAUACAGGAUCUGGCGUCGCCAGAUUCAACGUAAAGAAGAAGACCAAUAUGCGGCGCAAAUGGGAUGCAAAGCACCACGGAGGUGGGCAGCAAAAUGGCCGCAAGGCUUGGAUCUGCUCCUCAAAGCAGGGCAACACGCAAGAGCCCAGACUAUCCUACAGUUUUUCUUGGAUGUAGUAGAUUCCAGUGGUCCUACCCAUGAUCUUGGGCUCCGACCAAAGCAUUUUGCUCCAUUGAUGGGAAGCGGCAUCUUUACCCAGGAUGGUGCAGCAUGGAGGCAUUCACGUGCGCUUCUGCGACCUCAGUUCACCUCGAAUCGCUACCAGAACUUCGAAGAGAUGAAGAAGUCGGUCGAAAGUCUCGUCGAUCAGGUUUCUCCCGAUAGCGUAGUCGAUUUGCAGCCGUUGUUCUUCCGUUUGACUUUCGAUACGACGACAUUUCUUCUCUUUGGCAAGACACUGAGCUCUUUGCAAAGCAAUGACAUUGCUGGAAAAGAGUCCGAGUUCGCGGCGGCUUUCAACUUAGGCCAGGAUUACAUAUCGCACCGCGGCCGUUUGGGAGACUUAUACUGGCUUGCCAAUACGCCAGAGUUUUGGCGGGCGUGUAAGACUUCACAUCGUUUUGUUGACGAUGCAAUUCAGAACGCACUAGAUGAUGCGGAGAAGCCCAAGCUCAAAGAGACGGAAGACGAGGACACGAAGAACUACGUGUUUAUUGAUGCUCUUAUCCAAGAAACCCGGAACAAGAAGGAACUCCGUGAUCAGUGUCUCAACGUCCUGCUUGCGGGUAGGGACACUACUGCGUGCUGCCUCACUUGGACCUUGCGCUUAUUAGCUCGUCACCCUCAGGUUUUGGAAAGAUUACGAACAGAGAUAGAAGAAGUAGUAGGCAUUGGAGAGCAUGCACCUCAGCCAACUCGGGCAGAUUUGAAGAAGAUGAGAUACCUCGACCUAGUACUGAAAGAAGUACUUCGUCUCUACCCAUCGGUGCCGGUUAAUUCCCGUGCAGCCCUCAAGACAACAACGCUGCCCGUCGGAGGCGGCCCGGAUGGAAAGUCCCCGAUAUUAGUGAGAAAAGGCGAAGCCGUUGGUUAUUGCGUAUACGCUAUGCAUCGUCGCAAGGACAUCUAUGGGGAGGACGCCCUUGAGUUCCGCCCUGAAAGGUGGGAAGAUGGACAGUUGUUGCGCGAUGUAGGUUACGGAUAUUUGCCCUUCAACGGUGGGCCUCGAGUAUGCCUAGGCCAAGAGUUCGCCCUCUUAGAAGCGGGAUACACUGUAGCGAGGCUAGUGCAAAAGUUUCCUUUCUUGACUGUCCCGCAAGACGAACCCAUUGUGGCAACUGGAAAGGAAAAGCAGGUUCUAACCUUGGUGGUUGCUUCGGGAGAUGGGUGCCGUAUACACAUGCGUUCGUAG